AUGAUUAUUUGUAAAAAUAAUAUAUUCAGUUGUAGUAAUAAUGAUAAUCAAACAAAUAAAUUAGUUAAUAUAUCAUAUCUAUUAUUAGCAAAGGUUAUCAAUUAUUUAGAUGAUAAUAUAGAUAGAAUAGUUGACUUUAGUUUAAAAACUAAAUGUAAAGCUGUUGUUGGUGAUGAAUUCUUCAAGUAUAAAUAUGAUUAUCUAAUAUCAAAAGAUGAACUUGAUGAUAUCGAUAGAUUAAAAACAUUAAACAUUGAUAAAGUAUCGAUUGGUUUAAAUGAUAAUGAAGAUAACAAAGAGAAUAUCAAGAAUCUCUAUCGAUUGAUAUCCCAUUUAAAUAUAUCAAAGUUAAAGUGUGUUCAAUCAUGUUCAGGAUUACCAAUGAAUAUUACAUCGAUAUCAUUCAUCUAUUCGUUUAGAGAGGAGAUAGUACCUGGAUGUCUUCCACCAAAUUUGAAAACACUAAAGUUUGGUCGAUAUUUUAAUCAACCAAUCGAACCAGGAGUUCUUCCAAACACAUUGAUUAAAUUGAUAUUCAACGAGUCAUUCAAUCAACCACUCGAACCAGGUGUAUUACCAUCAUCUUUGAAAGUUCUCAAAUUCAAAGAAUCCAAUUUCAAUCAAGAUAUUAAAGUUGGAACAUUUCCACCGAAUCUCGAAGUACUGGAAUUCCAUCGUAGCUAUUCAACUCUGGAAGAUGGAGCUUUACCUCAGACACUUAGAAUACUUGAAUAUGCACCAACAUCAUGGUUACCACAAAUCAAAACACUUCCAAAUCUCGAGACAUUAAUAAUAGGUGAUGCAUCAAACGAUCCUCAUAUCGAUUUGAAUUAUCUUCCAGUUUCACUCACAAGAUUGGAAAUAUUCUUAAAUAUCAAAUUGAUCAAUGUAAUGCCACCAACAAUUAGAUAUCUGAAUUUGGAGAAUUGUUUAGUAGAGGAAAUUCCAUUCGGUGUUGAUACACUUUCAAUUCAAUUCGCAUCGACGUUUCAAAAAGAGAUACCAAGUUCAGUGAAAAAGUUAGUUAUUUUUAAGGACAUUUUUUGUAUCAAAGAUCUUCAGAAAAGAUAUGACAUGACAGGUGCAGCUUCAAUUCAAGAAUUGGUCAUAAUCUGUGACGAACUAGCAGAUUCUCAUAGAAUUUCAGUUUAUAUUCCACCAAUUAUCUUUCCACCAAAGACAUUAAUUGAAAUCCCCGAUAUACGAAAUGAAAAGAUCUGGAUUCGAAUGAUUGACAAUCAAUAUUACCUGGUACUCAGUCAAUCACCUAUCAUCACUUCCAUUGUCCAUGUAUCAAAACUCCACAAAUACAUUAUAUACAUUAUUAAUGAAUAUGAACAAACACUAUAA